GUCAUUAUAGAUGUAAAGUCCUGUAGACUUGUGAACUUAGGAAAUGAUAUGUAGUGAGAACAUUAGUAAAUUGUCUAUGCUUUUUUAUUGCAGUGGUGUGGUUACUGUAGACAUUGACCUGGAUAGUCGCGACGUCAACCAGUGUAAUACAGAUCACGGCCUCUUCUCCUUCUCUGACAAAUGUCCCCCGGAAACCACUCAGUGUGAACAUAAACCGGGCCAAGGAUUAGCAUUAGGGAGUUACGUGUGUGUAUGUCGGACAGGAUUCUACUUUCCUAAUACUAGUAAUGACGGUCAGUUUUACUCGGGAUCUAUGCUAGAAAGUGUGUAUUUGGAAAAACUCAACAAUGGAACCAACUUCACAGGAGAAGGAUUUCAGUGUGUGCCGUGUCUCCGUGGCUGUACACAGUGUGUUGAUAGCACGCCUUGUAUGGCAGACUAUAAUAUUUUACUACGUGGCAUACCGCUAGGAAUUCAAAGUUUCUGUAUCACUGUGACACUUGUUAUUGCAGUGGCAGUAAUACGACUACGUAAAACCAAGGUAAUGGUCAGUGGGAUGUGGACACUGCUGGAAAUAAUACUUAUAGGAGCUGUGCUUUUGUACGUAACGGUGAGUCAUUCAGCCAAAAUUCUUACCGGAGUUAUUUCGGAAACUCCUCAGAAACAGAUUUGGUUUAUUUAUAGAACACAAUUCAGUAAAUUAUCAUAUUUGACGAACGAGAGCUAUACCUUCUGUUAA